AUUUCAUUCGGUAAUAACACAAAUACAAUGUACUUGCUGCAAAAAGUUAGGAUACUUCCCAUUAAUUACAAGCUUUCUUACCAACUUUUCAACCAAAUACAACACUAUUUGCUUCCUAUAAAUGAACAACAAUUCUCCACCUUGUUUGAAAUUAAAGAAAACAACAAUUUUUUAUGUGAAAAAAUGAGUGAUAAACUGAAGCCAAGGUUCUUGGAGAUUUACAAAGAGCUGAAAUCUGAGCUUCUUGAUGAUAAAGCUUUUGAGUUUACUGAUGGGGCUCUUAAAUGGGUUGAUAAGAUGUUGGAUUACAAUGUACUUGGAGGAAAGCUGAACCGGGGGCUCUCCGUUAUUGAUAGCUACAUUUUCUUGAAAGAACAGAAAGAACUAACCAGUGCGGAGAUCUUUGAAACAUCUGCCCUCGGCUGGUGCAUUGAAUGGCUUCAAGCAUAUUUCCUCGUUCUUGAUGAUAUAAUGGAUGGCUCUCAUACACGCCGAGGUCAAGAAUGCUGGUUCAGAUUGCCGGAGGUUGGUCUGAUAGCUAUUAACGAUGGCAUUCUUCUUCGCAACCACAUCCCAAGAAUUCUGAAGAAGCACUUUAAAGGAAAACCUUAUUACGUUGAUCUUCUUGAACUGUUUAAUGAGGUGGAAUUCCAGACUGCCUCUGGACAAAUGAUAGAUUUGAUUACCACGCAUGCUGGAAAGAAUGAUUUAUCAAAAUACUCGUUGACCGUUCAUAAGCAGAUUGUCCAGUAUAAAACUGCUUAUUAUUCAUUUUAUCUCCCGGUGGCAUGUGCACUUCUUAUGGCAGGAGAGAAUCUCGACAAUCAUACAAAUGUCAAGGACAUACUUAUCGAUAUGGGAAUAUAUUUCCAAGUUCAGGAUGAUUACCUGGACUGUUUUGGUGAUCCAAAGGUGCUGGGAAAGAUUGGCACGGAUAUUCAAGAUUUCAAGUGCUCAUGGUUGGUCAUGAAAGCCCUCGAACACUGCAACGAGGAGCAAAAGAAAAUAUUACAUGAGAACUAUGGAAAGUCUGAUGAUGCUUGCGCCGCGAAAGUUAAAGCGCUUUACGAUGAUCUCAAACUUAAGGAUGUGUACAAGGAAUAUGAGAACAACACACAUGCAAAGUUGAUCAACUCCAUUGAAGCUCAACCAAGCCAAGCAGUGCAAGCAGUUCUAAAGUCAUUCUUGGCAAAGAUAUAUAUGAGGGACAAGUAAAGAGAGAUUCAAUAUUUAAUUUGUGGUGGGGCCCUUUAUCGGACCUGCGGGUAACAGGAGCUUUAGUGCAUCGAGCUGUCCUUUUUUACUAUUUAAUAUUAAUAAGUUGUGUCUUUUUCUUUUUCAUUGGUGUUCGGGGUACCUGCUUGAGGCUCGAACAAUCUAAAUUUGUGCUUAGAGUUAGAGGCGGAUCCAGGAUUUGGAAGUGUGGGGACAUUAUUAUCUUUAAUAUAGAUGUGUUAAUUGUUUUUUUCUUCAAA